AGAAAAUGAAAAAUAAAAAAUAUGCGUAUAUUAAAGAGAUACAUUAAAUCCACGAAGUGGCAUAGUUUCUUGAAAUUCUCAUCAUCAAGAAAAACACCAAAUCCAGGAAGUGACUCCUGUGCGAAAGUGUUCCGUGUUGGAGCGAUCGAUUUCACAAUCACAGGAAUUUGGAUCUUCUUGUGACAAGGAAUUCAAUUCGAUUCUAGAAUUCGAAGUUUGCAGAUAAUUUGGUAGCGCUGUGGGUAAGAUACCUACCUUCAGCCGAGACGAUGGACGUAGGUUCUUAUCGCGCGACAAACAUUUGCAGUCACUGUGACAGAGCGAUUCCAUCUUCGAAUAUCGAUCUGCAUUAUUUUCACUGCUCGCGCAAUUUAGAAAAAUGUAAACUCUGUGAUGAAAUGGUUCCCAAAAAGCACGCUGAAGAGCAUUACUCCAACACCCAUGCUCCGGUACCGUGUUCAUUGUGCAGCGAGAGCAUGGAACCUGAAAGCCUGGCUGCACACCAACGUGAACAUUGCCCCAAACGGAUCGUGACAUGUGAUUACUGUGAAUUCCCUUUGCCUGCAAUCGACUUAUUUGAGCAUCAGGAAGUCUGUGGAAACAGGACAGAGCUCUGCAAUCUGUGCAUCAGAUACAUCAGACUACACGAGAGAAUGGCCCAUGAACUCACUUGUAAUGGCGUCCCAGAUACCACUGCAGAAGCUUCCAGGGCGAGGGAAGGUGAAAGAGAGCAUGGGGGUGGGGCAGCUAGAAGAAGGCCGCGGCCCCCACCACAAGAAUUCUCUACAAGAAGACUUGUAUUCACGAUAGCCAUAACUGGAAUAGCUGUUGUCUUGGGCUCUCUCAUGUUCCAGAGGAAACCACAAAAUACUGACCUCCGUUAAAACUUUUAACUCUUAAACCAACCCUAAACUCAAUUUCUUUCUUUUUGCACCCUUCUUUUCUUUACUGUAAAAAAAAGAGAAAAAAAAAAGAUCUGUCAUUUCCCAUCCCCAUUUGUUAAAAUAUGUUUGAUUUGGUUUUGCAUCUCAGAUAUUCAUUCCUGUUCACGGACCUUUGACCUCAUUUUACCAACCAAAU